CAAUCCGCAUCACAAAGAGCGAAACGAGGGGAUCGCUGAAUACAAAUAAACUGAACAUUUCAACUACAACUUGGCUACACAACGGGAAAAAAAUGGUCUCCCCCGUAACAGUGGUUAAGAGUGAGGGUCCAAAGCUGGUGCCAUUCUUCAAGGCAACCUGUGUGUACUUUGUGCUCUGGCUGCCCACUUCCAGCCCGUCCUGGUUUAGCGCCCUCAUCAAAUGUCUCCCCAUCUUCUGCUUGUGGGUCUUUUUGCUGGCCCAUGGCGUCAGCUUUUUAGGCGCCCACUCCAGUGCCCGUAAGAUAUUGGCAGGCCUCAUCUUUUCUGCUUUGGGGGAUGCUUUUCUCAUCUGGCAGGAGCAAGGCUACUUCAGCCAUGGCCUCCUGAUGUUUGCCAUAACCCACAUCCUCUACUCAUCUGCUUUUGGCAUGAAGCCUCUUAACCUACGUGCCGGCUUGGUGAUUGCUGCUGUGUCUUCCCUGAGCUACAUCCUGCUCUAUCCCUACCUUUCUGGCCCCUUCACCUACCUGGUAGCCGUCUACAUUGCCCUAAUUGGCUUUAUGGGCUGGAGGGCCAUCGCCGGUGUGCAGCUUGCCAAUGACUUGUGGACCUGGACCAAGCUGUCUGCCUGUUUGGGUGCAGUGCUCUUCAUGGUCUCUGACCUCACCAUUGCUGUCAACAAGUUCUGCUUCCCUGUGCCUCACUCGCGUGCCAUCAUCAUGGCUACCUACUACGCUGCCCAGAUGCUGAUUGCGCUGUCUGCUGUUGAGUGCCAGGAUGUGGAGGUGGCAAGGAAGAGAACAUGAGGUACGGGGUCGCCACAAUGGCCUUUUAGGCUGGGAAAAAGGUUACCACUCCCCCUCCGGCCAUGUGUGAUCAUGAACACAUUUCACUGCCAGAUCCCCAGCCCUCAGCCUUCGUCCCGGUGUGGCCCUCCCACACUGUUGAUGGCAAGGCGAGUGGUCUACCACAGCCCCCAUGGCUAUCACCCUUGUACUCAACAGCCCUGCUGCUAGUAUAGUCAUUUCACAAACUUUUUACCAUUAAGAUAUGGUAGUAUUAUCUACAACCUCGCCCGACAACAGUCCUACCUGUCUGCCCUGAUCCUAGUACAGCGGUCUCCUGCCUGU